AUGACGCUCAAGCCGAAUUAUUCCUAUCGCGCGCGCGAAGUCGCCGGGGAGAGCCACGUGAUUAAGAGCGAGUUGGGGAUCUUUAAGAGCGUUCGUGCGCUCGCGAAGGACACUCGAGAUGGAAUGCGCGUGACAUUUGAGGUCGUGCCGUUCGAAAUAUUGCGCGGAGUCGAGUUGCAAGGUUUGGAGGCGGUGCCGGCAAAGGUGGUGGAGGAGACGUUUCGGCCGAUGAUGGGGAAGCCGAUUAACUCGAAUCACGUCUCUGGCGCGGUGGAGUACUUCAAGGCUUACGCGGAAAGUAAGCGAGGAAUCGACUCGAUCGAAGGGAUUUCUUUGCUGGAAGAACCGAGCGAUGGGGUUUUGCGUCUCGGUUUCGUCGAUGUGGACAUCAAUGACGUCAAGGUGGAGAUCGAUCCGUCCAUCGACGCCAAGACGGGGAAGGAAAACAAGGUGUUGAGUAAGGUUGACAGCGUCAUGCCGUACUUUGAAAACAUCAAGACUACCAAAGUUUUGAAUGGUAUGCGCGUGCGCGAGACCAUCGACCGAUUUCGCGCGCAAAAUCCGCGAUUCGGCGAGCCACAAAUCAACAUGUUACCGAAACCUGGACCGCUCGGCAAGCGCACGCUGUUGGUGUCGCUUAAAGAAAAGUCGAUGAAGGGUGUCACGUGCGGGGGCGGCAUGUCCGCCAGGGGCUUAUCUGAGGGCAUAUUUAGUGGCAUCGCCGGGCAUUUUAGCGCCUUUCACACGAACUUGUUCGGUCAAGGCAAGAUGCUCAACCUCGGCGUCGAGGCGACGCCGCGAAAAGGAGGUCGAGGUCUCACCGUCGUGCGUCCACAAGUGAAUUUGCAGUACCAAGACCCUUGGGUAGGGUUCGGACCGACGCGCACGUCCAGAGCGAUGUCAGUGCGUAGUGAGAGCAGUAGUAUGCGAUCUACACACGGUGUCAACUCGACAAACGUCGACGGCGACCAACCCGACAUCACGUCCCCGGGCUUGAGCGAAAUGUCGUUACAAAGGCUUCAGACGUCGGUCGAACACUCGCGACCGCUGCUGAAUGGAUGGAAUGGGAUGUUUUCCGUGGAUUUCAAACGAACCGGGGUGUUAGAUAACGACGGGAAUCACUCUCUUUUCGACGCUUACGGUGCCCCGGUGACGUUUAGCGGUACGAAAUGCGACACCGCGUUGGCGGCGCAAAUGCGUUUCACUUACGGCGGACCAAACGCGGCGCAGCUCAUGUUAAGCGCCGAGCAGGCGCUCCCUGUACAGCCGCAGUGGCUCAACUACACACGCAUGGUUGCCAAAGCCAAGCGAUCCUUCAACUUGCUGUCGGUGGGUAGCCUGCCCGGGCCGGUGCAGCUCGUUUUGAGUUCCAAAGGCGGAUCUGUCGUCGGCGAUUUGCCUCCUUACGAAGCCUUCGCUAUCGGUGGGACGUCGAGCGUUCGUGGAUAUAACGACGGUGCCAUCGGUACGGGGCGCAAGUACGUCGUCGGUAGCGCCGAGAUGCGCGUGCCGGUCACCCCCACGAUUACCGGCGCGGCGUUUUUCGAUUACGGAAGCGAUUUGCACAGCGGCGGUUCGGUGCUCGGCGAUCCCGCGGGCACGCGCGGCAAGCCUGGAAGCGGAUACAGUUAUGGCGUUGCAGGUAUGUUCGAGACCGGCGGGUUACCAAUUCGCUUCGAUUACGCGAAAAAUGAUCAAGGAAAUGCGCGUUUUCACUUUAGUCUCGCGCGAGAUUUCAACUAGGACAUCUGUAAACUACACAAAACUAAAAGCUA